AUGAGUAACAGGAUGGACGGUCCAUCGGGCCAGGGCCCCAGGGCGAAUGGGCCCAUUGCAGCACCCAGCACCCCUGUGAGCUCCUCAUUAGGCCCACCUCUGUCUCCAGAGGAGCUGGAGGAAGAGCCACCGUCAACUCUGACAGAUGUCACCCAAAUGUGGAUUAAAUUUGCCAAGACUUUUGCCAUCAUCUUCCCGAUCUACGUCCUGGGAUAUUUUGAAUUCAGCUUCAGCUGGGUUCUGAUCGGACUUGCCAUGUUGUUCUAUUGGAAGAAGAACCACGGGAGUAAGGACUACAGGAUAAACCGCGCCUUGGCAUUCCUGGAGCAUGAAGAGAAGGUAGUGAGGCAAAGUCUGCCUACCACUGAGCUCCCACCGUGGGUAAGUCCCUUCAGUUUUAUUACAGUUCUUGUAUCAUCAGUACCAAGUAAUCACUGCCUUGUAAUUGGACUACUUUAUUAGCAUCACCCUAUUAACAUUUUACAACUGAGCUACAUCCUGUACUCUUGCGGGACCAAUACUCCAGAAUAAAACGUUUUAUCGUAGGACAAUAUUUUACCUAGAAGACAGUACCCAAAGAAACAAGUCUGCUCGCACCUAGCACGCUGGAUACAGAUCGAGGUAGACCUGUCUAAUGGCUUCAGCUUUUAAGGUUUUACUCCCUCAGAUGAGGUCAUUUUUGUACAGAUAAAAGAGGUUUACUGAUUUGUAAAUAAACCUUGUGUAGUGCUGGGAUAGUGUGAGUCUUGGUCAACUAGAAAAUUACAACUAUUAUCAAGAAAAAGCGACACAGUGGCACAGAAACUGCACAUUACUGAAUGCAAUAGACGUCUUCAUGCAGGAAGAUUGCUCAAACCCUUUUUUCAUUGAGAGCCCUUAAAAAAGACUAUCUCAUCAUUCUUUGAAAAAAAGUCUCACUUUUCAGAAAGAACAAAAACUGUGUUAUUCACAAACAGAUAUUAUAUAAACUUUUGGGGAGAAUGGAAAAGAAUAUGUUGUGUGUUCAAGUCAGGAACAUUCACGUUUAACUUUGAUUUCACAACCCCAGUAAUGCAUCAUAUUGCAUCGUACUGUAUCAUAUCAUAUUGUAUAGUAUUGUAUUGCGUCGCAUCGUAUUGUAUCAUUUAAUGUUGUUGUGAUUAAAAUGACUGUAACUGAUAUGGGAUAAAAUUUGAGUAAAAACUGUUAAAAAUUCACAGUAAAGUUUAGAAAUUUCAUCAGUUAUAAGAAACUUUAAAGUGACCCAGGUCAGAGAACAGCCAUCAGAAGGGUUGCAGGUUUUCUUGGAUGCACCACUAGCUCCAGUUUGCCUCCAGUACCUUGACUCGGCUGAACCCUCUCUGAUAUUUUCACUCCAGCCAAACGCCCAAAGGAGAAGCAGUCCUCGAUGAAUAAUUUACACCUGACCUCUGAGCCUGCGGGGUUCCUCUGGGUUGGCACUGUUUUUGAAGGAGAGUCAUGAAACCUGUUCUCGUUUUCACUUUCUUGGAUUCGGCAUCUUGGUGUGGUUCCCUGUCUGUCAGCGUGCAGAGGGAGGACUGGCCACACGCCUCACACAUAGCUGCCAUUCUCUCUCUGUCUACUCAUUCUCUUAUUAUUACAUGUGGCAAGCCAAAAUUACCAGUUAUAAGCAUGUGAGGAAUGGAGUUUACCAUUGGGUGUGUGCUCAUAGCAUGUGAGCAACCUGCAACCUUCAGAGCUAACUCUGUAGAUGAGUCGGCAUGUGUUGGUGGAGAUUCAGUUGAGCAUGGUGUUUUUCCAGGAAGGUUUUUUUAGAGCAGGAUAGUGGAUGGAAACGUUGAAACCUCAAAUACGUCAUAUCUGCAGGAUUACUUAUGGUUAAAGAGGGCAAAACGACACGAGACUCAAUGUGUGUGACCGGUACCAGUUCCCUCUCGUUAAUGGAGAAGGUUCUAACCUGUCCAGACCAGAUAAGCAGAUAUAGGCGAGAGUGACGAAGUAUCAUGAGCAAAAGACUGACAGAUAUAAUUUUGAGGCCAAUAUAAUGCCAAAGUUCUGCCCACAACCCUAUCUGAUUCGCCAGAGGCAAUACGACUUCCUUUAACAUUUCUGGAACAUUUGAGUUUUGAAUUUCCAUGUUUUUACUGUUAAUGCGUAUUGGUCUACAGUCUCAUUGACUGCCAGUAAUGGAUGUCAGUAUCAACCCUAAAAAAACAGUUGUUUUCAUUGGGAUUGAUGGAUUUGGUCCAAGCUAGGGCUGAGAGAUAAGGGGAAAAGUUAAUCACGAUAUAUUUUUUUCAAAUCAGUUGAUAUCGAUGAAUAUCUUGAUAUAAAAAAACACUUGUCAAUCUUUAAUGUUCCCUGUUGCUCUUAAAUCACAAUUUAACAGUGCUUAUUGGUAGCACGUCUUUUGCAAUACAAUAAGCAACUGCAUAUGUGAGGUCUUUGUGUCUAUUUGACAUUUUGUCAUAAGACGUUGUGCUAGAGAAAGUGAAAUGGUCAGCUGCAUGUGUUAAAGUGCUAUGGUUGCGUGUAGCUGCAGCCUGCUACUACGCAGUUGCUACGUGGUUCUAAUUCAGCACAUGAUUGGUUCAGUGCAGUGCGAAUCGGACCCACUCCCCUUUUCAUUGGCUAUUCAUAUAGUCUACCAAAACAUGGCAGAAUGCCGACAAUUGAGAAGCACAUUGACCAUGUUUGAUAUCAAUAUCAAGGGAAAUUAAUUUUUGAUACUGUUAUUGUUUUAUUGCCCAGCCCUAGUUCAAGCCGUAACAGCUAUUUAUAGGAACGAUAUUGGUUUUGUCUGAUGAUAAAUUAAAAAAUUACUCAUUGAUACAACAGGUUCUGGAAAUUUCCAGGUGAUGCACUGACUAUAUUCACCCAGUGACAGCUUACACACGAUGCAGGAGAAACUUUCCCUCCUCAUAAGUAAUGAAAGGUGGGUGUGGAUAUCGGUAUCAGACAAAUUGAGUUUGAAAAUAAUACUAAAAAGUUUCCCAGACCAGAAAACUGAUGUUUGAUCCACAGCAUCAAGUAUGAUUCAGUCAGAUCUUUGGUGUAAUUGUGGAGCUUCUCCCUGCUUUGAAGCUGCACAAUCAUUCCACCCCAGACUUGUGAAAUCGACACAGAAACUCAGUUCCUCAGUGAUAAGGAUGCUUCUGUUAUGCAAUGAUAUUUCUGAUGAUGAUAAUGCAGUGAAUCCGUGAGAAGCCGAGUGGAUGGCAGCGUGCCAGGUAGACCCAAACAGCCUCCUCCCUUCAUCACAUCCUUUAUCACACAGACCUUGAGAAACUCGGUGCUGAGCGACAGCAGAGACGCUUUCCCGUAGAGCAGCUGUCGUUUUUGUUGUGUUGUGAGUCAGCGCUCUUAUCUUUUGUCUUUAUGUUGUUAUUUUCACCACGUCUGUGUCACAGAGGUUUAAACCUGCACCAACAACAUUUGGAUGCGUAAAAGAAACAGUGAUGAUUGGCAGCUCAUUGUUUGUUUGAUUAAAGGGAAACCGAGGAUCCAGUGAAAGGCUGCCACCGCAUAAGUGUGUCACUCUGAUAACCAGCCAAACAAUCAGCUGCGAACUUUGACCCUUGAAAGACGCUGACACUCUGUCUGUCCCUGAUCUACAUUCAAGACGCUAAAUCAAUUUCACCUUUAUCACACUAACCUCAGAGCUGGUUGAUGAGCUGCUGAUAGAAAGUAUUGGAGUCGUCACUGAGCAGCGUUAGGAGCUGUUUUAUAAAAGCAGUACCUCUGAAUUAGCGAAAGUCCAUGACUGGUCUUUUGUUGGACUUAAGGUCCUUACACACCGGGAACAACGCAAAUAUAGAACGCAAAAUUACGAAAUAUUCUGAAGCUAGUUUUGACGCGCCUGACUAUACACAUCAAGCGCGAUGCGAUUUUGCGACUUUCCGGGGGGAAAAAAGAUGCGUCCCGGGUGGAAGCAAGAAGACUGACACAACAGCAGACUGAGUGUUUUUCAGUUCUGAUUAGACUCUAGUGUUGAGAUGUCUGUCUGUCAUGAUAGCAUGUACUGAGUCGGGGCCAGUACCAGAUAGAUAGAUACCAGCCGGUUGGCCAUGUUGCAUACCGAUGAAUUUGACGUCGCAACAACACGCAAUCUGAUUAAUCAGAAGUGGACACACAGUAUGCGAAACUUUAGAAAAAUAAACCUUAAAAAGAAAAAAAUAUUUUUUCUUACAAAAAAAAGAAAAAAUAAAUGCCGCAAUAACCCAGGACAGGAAAACGUCACUGAUGUGAACGCUUGUAAUGACAGGAUACGGGUGCUAAAAAAAAUUGACGUCCGAAAUAAUCAGACGAAAAAAAAACACUUCCUGUGUGAAAGGACCUUAAGUGUCCUGAAGAUGAACCCCAAGUUUAUACUUAAUGAAGUCGACAAAUUCAACUUUUGAUUCUACUUUUUUUAAAUAACCUGGAACGGUUUUCAGCUCAUUUUUUUGUCAAUUUGAUGAAUAAAUAAAUUUCAAGAAACGCAUUACCAUCCUGACUCGUCUGAUUCUAGCACAGUUAUCUUGGCUGCUGCAACUUUCUUAAAAAUAUCUGCUCAAUAAAAAUACUUUCUCAAUCAGGGUCUGAAUCCAUAUACGACAGUAAGUGAUACAUUUCUAAAUAUUGCUAAAAAUGUUCACUUAGUUUUGGAUGAUUUUCAAAUAUCUGUCAAACCUAGAAACAGAAACCAACAGUUAAAUAAAUGUUUGUGUUUGGCCAACGGUUAUUAGUCCCUGAAACAUAAUUUUUUAAAAUGGUUGUUAAAACUGCCACAUCUCUGUUUUCUCAUCUUUAAGUUGGUCCCUGGGGUAGAAAUGUUUCCACUUUAUUAAUCUCCAUUUCUAUUUAACUUUACAGCGAGAUAAACGUUGAAUGCUUUAAAUUCUCCCAAACGACAAACAGUCGCUUUGUUUAUGAAACCAACAAAAUUAACCUCUUCUGCAAUGUGCUGGCACGUAAACUAUGAUCAUGAGUGAAAAAUGGAUUCUGGUCCAGAGCCUGUCGUCUUUGUGGCUCGCUCUCUCAGAGAAAUAUUUCCAGAAUGAGGUUUGAUAGGCAGUGUGGGCAGCAGCUCAGGGUUCACAGGCCAAGAAUGCCUGAGGUAAUAACACAGUUUUAUUUUAGUUGAAACACUCUAACACUGCGCAAAAAGCUGUUAUCAGCACACGAAAAGAUGCGUCUGUAGGGGAUUUUUUUUAGGGCAAAAACAGGUGGAAUUUUUCUCUUUCUGAGUAUAUGAGAAUAUAGUCGUUGGCACGUAAACGUUCUUCUCAACUGACCUGGCACUGUUUGAACCACAUGAGCUGGAAAAUCAAAGUUUUUGAAGAAGAGAGAGCAGAGGUAACAGAGUCAAAGUCUCUUGAUGUGAUUAGUAAUGCAUGACACGACACAAGACUGAAAAAACGACUCAAGAAACGAGCUGCAGCUACCGGCCGCAGAUCAAACCCAGUCAUCUGAUUGUCGUGAUUUAACAUCAAAUACAACUUUAGUUUGAAAUUAGUGGCAGGGACACAAAGGUCAUCCCAGGAAGCGGAGGACUUUCAAGGUGUAAUUUAUGUUUCGACUGCAGUGCAGACAUAAUAAAACCUGUGCAGCAGCAUUACCACAGCUUGAGAUUUGGGUUAGUAAAGUUAAGGUAUGGAAGUUGUACAUAAGCUGGCGGAUAUAGGCCACAGGUUCAACAACAUUCCUGUCAAACUUAACACCAAUACGGAAGUGGAUAUCUCAGCUGACAGAAAUAUGGGUCUAGUUAGCACAUAUUGAGUGUCACAUUGUUUUGACUGGUUGUCAACACCUCCUACUUCUGUCUCAGCAGCAGAGGAUGUGUGAGGCGCGUAGGCUGCAUUGUCAGAAAUUUGUUCCAGUGUCGAGAUAACUUUUCUUGACUUUUGCUGCAGUAUACUUUAUGUUCUUAUAUUGCUGUUAAAAAAUUUGAUGAGACAAAACAGAUGCUGUAGUUGUUGGUCUUGAACCUCUGUCCUAUCAGAAUCCAUUUUGCUUGUUUUGUAUUAUUUUAUCUCAUAGACGACAGUAGAAGCAAGAAUUGUAGAGUAAGUAAAUUGGAUUGUUUUAGAUUUUUGGUGCUAUCUCAAAUCUUAACUAAUCAGGAGGAGUUGCACUGUAAAGAGCGAAGGGCAACAUUUGAGAUGCCAGACAGCCGACUGACAACAUAGAUGAUGCAACUCCACCUCCCCCUGUUGUAUAAUAUCAAAGACCACAUUCCUCCUGCAGUGGUCCCUGAAAAACUCAGCAUUUUGAGACACAUCGUGUAUAAGAGGCUUAAGUCAGAAGGAAUACUUCCUUAAAAUUUUUUGAGACAUAAAUUUUAAAGUUUGACUCGUGUUCCAUCUGUUUACAUGGUUAAGGUAAAGAGAAAAAAGGUCAAUAAGCAAAUGUCAAGGCCACCCGACAGUUUGUAGAUUGGCGACUGAAAGUCUUGAGUUUGACAUUUUGACCUGAGUCGGUUUUGUUGUAGCCUGAAGGGACCGUGUACUAGAAGUCAUUUUCAAGGCUUUUGUGCCUUCAUUUUGGAGGUGAGAGGACAGAAAAUAGAGCAGAAAUUUGAGAGAAAAUGGGGAGUGACAUGCAGGGACAGGGGCCACACACUAAAAUUAAACUUGAGCUAUAGCUCAUGGGGUGCACACUUGACCCACUAGGCUAACAAUGCCGUUAUUUGACCAUAUUCUGAUGAGAGAGAUAGUUCUGUGAUUCUAUCCAAAUAUGAUAGAGGUUUUAUUGCUCAUUUCAACUAGAGAAGGACCAUGUUAUACCUACCUUAGUUUUACAUUUUAUCAAGUUUGGAUAAUCUUACAAUUUAAACUAUUUAUCUUCCCCGGUUGUUUAAAAACUCAUUUCUUUCUCCAUUUAAUACAAGAUUUCAGGUACUGUCUCUUUAAGGCCCCCCUUCCCAACAGGCCCACUCUCUGUUGAUUGGCCAGCUCUUUAGAACCCUGCCAGGAUAGAACUUUGUUAUAGUUACAUGAAUAUCAAGGGAAUUCCAUGGCUUUGUGAUGUCACAGAAUUCCGUGGUUUAAACAGUGAGGUGAAGCUGGAGUCUAGACCAGCCUGCAGACUGAGCUUUUGAAGUUCAGAUGUUCGUUACAUAUCGUAUCAAAACUUAACUGCCAGGUAGGAGGAAUAUACGACAUUUUAACAGCAGAAUCUUAAAAAAUAUGGAAUAGCUGAACACCUUAGACUGUAUAUAGAAUGGACAGAGUCUACCUCCUCGCUGGGUGAAGCCACUCCGAGAACAGCACCCUCUGGUGAUGGGCUGCAGUAUAGGAGUAUGCAGUAUACAGCUCUGUUUUUAAAAGUUAUCAGGAGAUUCAUGUUUUUUAUGAUUGACAUUUGAUACAGCCUAUGGGCAUACAAAGAUUGCGUAGCUCACCCGGGGAUAUGCUGUUUGAGCCGAGCGCCAUCACAGCGACUCUCCCGUUGAGUGCGUACAACGUUACUGCACAAUGUUGGUUUUAGGAAAUGAAGAAAAAACGUGGAAUUACCGAGAACUUUUCGGCUUUAAAUCUGUUUACUGGUGGGAGGUGGAACCAAGUUGUCCAUAGAUACAGUCUAUGGUUAACACCCAUUUGAAAAAAAACUGUCAAACGAAUUUACCAAAAUAUGAGAGGCUGACUCCUUAAUCUCCGAUUUCUAAGCUUGAAGCUACAUCUGCAGGUGAACAAAUACCUGUAGGAAGUUUUUUACUCACUGUUUCUUAAAAAUCUUCUCUGAAAUGAUGGAGGUUUUAUUAAUUCUCUGUCCACAGGACAACAAAGAUGGAUUAAAAAAAACCAAAAAACUUUGGUGUAAAAACUCUGUUUCAAGGGAAACAGAUGUGAAGGCUAAGGCCAAAAAACCUCCUUUAUUAUAAAUAUCCUGGCAUGUGGACUAACCUUAGAUACAGAACUGAUAUCUGUCAAAACUUUGGUGAAGAGCCCCCAGACCACAAAACAGAGAGGCAUCAAAUCUUGAUUUAUUUGUUUGUUUGCUGCCUUGAAACUUUUCCCAUCAAUAAUGAAGAGGUUGGUGGAGAGUGGCCUCAGUGGGCAGUUCCUGGGUGUGGAUGAGAUGAUGUAAGUGUACGAAUAUGAAGCUUUGUGUGCUGUAAACAUUCAGCUGUAGCCCGAUAAACCUUCAACCUGAGAGGUGACAUGGUCUGUUAUCGUGGAUUAAAACAGUUCUCAGUAGAAGAGAAGAUUAUGAAAAGUUAAUUCAGCCGCAGUGUAACAGUUUACCACCCUGUGUCUCUUUCUGUUUCCCUCACCCCUCUCCUUCUUCCUCCCCUCGGUCUCUGUGUUCUCGUAUGACUCGUGCUGCUGGGUGGGGCUUCAUUCGCCCUUUUUGAAGUGCCACAGGGUGGGGCUCUGCUCCACAGCACAGAAUGGAAACAAUGUGGAGGAACAGACAGGCCUUGUGCUGCGCUGAACUGCUCUUACAGACAGACUCUGUUUGGUUUGCUUUUGGAGUGCUUUUCGAGCUCAUUAAGUUCACUGAAAAGAAAACUACUAUUUGAUUCAUGUGCUGCCAACUGUUGGGGGUUUAUAACUUUGAACAGAGGAGAAAAUUGUGCUUUUAACACUCUGUACUCCAAGAAUUCCUGCAACUUCACAACCACCUAAGAGGGAAAAGUCAACCAUAUUCACUGUCCUGAUUAAAAACCACAGUACAUCCAUAACCUGAUUAUUAGAUAUUUAAACUUUGAGGACCAUCUUUUACUCAUACUACUCACUCUUGGCAGCAUUGCUAUGUUUUUAUACGUGUUAUUGUGCUCUUAAACCUGUAAUGAAUACACCCAAAGCUUAAGAGGCCUAUAUUUGGUCCCAGUUUCACUGUUAAUAUGAAGUUUAACAAAAAUUUCAAUGAGGCUUCAUCCAGCUAAAUACCACCAGAACAGUAAUUGUUUGAAUUUCUUGUUUGUUUCGUCUCUUGUUUGGAUUGAGGUCUGUUUCGUUGUAAAUAUUUGGCGCCACAGUGUUUUUAAUCAGACUUAAUUUAGCAAAAUAACGCCUGAAAAAACGGACCAAGAUUUCCUGGUUCUACCAUCAAAUCAUCUAUUUCUGGUAAUUCUCAAUUUCACUGUAACAUGAAAUCCCACAGAGGUUUCACUCUGGCUUUACCCCCAAUUUUCAAAUGUCAAGUAGUAUGAAGUAGUAUGCAAACUAAAAGCCAUUAGUUCUUGGUUCAUCACCUCUCAGGAGCAGCACCCUUCCAUCUGUAUCUGGAGGGUCUCAGUUUCACUGUAAGAUAGGAAGUUACCAAGAGGCCUUCUCAGCUUUCUAACCUGAGCAAAAUGAACCCUGAAGGAAACCAGUUUUUGGAUUUACUAACAAUUUCAGGCUUUUGUGUCACGACAUCAAGUAAAUUUGUUGCUUAUGUUAAGGAGUUAAAUUUAGAGCUGAUAAUUCGCUGCACUAUCUAAACUCAGUUGAAUAAAUCAUUGUCGGAUUAGCACUGAUGGGAGCUUGGGUAUCAUUCAGCAUAACAGAGCUCUCGGAUUCCCGUUACUGUAAUUCCCGGCAGCACUUAUCCUCCUCACAUCCUCGACAGCUCCUCUCUCUCGCUCUCUCUCUCUCUCUGAGCCUAUAUUUAGACGUCAGCAAGGAGAAACUGUCUCGUCAUCUGGGUCUCCUCUUUCUGCACCUUUCAGCGCCUCUGCAGACACUGAUCGAGCAGCUCUCCUCCUCCCUGUUGUUGUUGUUGUUGUUGUUGUUGUCACCUUGCAGAGAAGAGUCGCUGGUCUUUUGAUGAAGACUUGUGCAGAUUUUCAGUUUUCAUACAGUGACAGCAAACAUUCGUAAAGCUGUCAGGAAAUGCACUUAGUCUCUUGAAUUUUAAAUGAAUGAAUUCCAGUGCCUGCUGACAGCUUUAUUGAUCCGCUCCACACCUCUCUCUCUCUCUCUCUCUCUUUCUCUCUCUCUCUCUCGUACACCAAAGCUUUGUAUGGGAGGUGUGGCCGUGGAGGGAGGCUAGGAUUUCCAAACAGCUGUUUCAUAGUCGGACAGUGAGACUCGCCCCUUUGACCUGCCGUGACACAGAGUAACACUCCCGCAUUCGUCGGGGAUGCCUCAGUCCUCCUGACGGAUCAGUGUCAGAGUAUUUGUGCUUUUCUGUCUGUAGCAGCGGGUCACGUUUGUCCCUCAACUUCCUGUUUCAGUCUUAGUGUUCCUGUCUUUGUUGUUUUUGCCUUAAAGGGGAGAAAUGACAGGACUGCAGCUGACUGUUUUAACGACCACAUGAGUCACCCUUUCCUCAUUUUACUCCUCCGUUAUAUCAAUGAAGCGGAUGCAGCUGUCUGGUUCAGGUACACCACAGAGGACACAACAGAUCACAGAUAAAGAUUCCACCUUAAAGACGUCUCUGUCCUCAGUGUUAACGCAGGCGUGAUUGAUUUGUUUCCCAUUUACAUGUUCAGAUGUAACUUUGCCCUCUCUGUCCUCGAGUAAUCAGAGACAUAAGCUCAGAAGGGUUGGGCAUUGUCUGAUUUUGAACGGUUCGGGUUCUGAUUCCGAGUUCUUGCUUCAAUUCCAUUUCCUAACGAUUCUCUAUUCUGACUCCGGUAUCAGAACUUGGAAUCAAAAUUUGAAAAUUUGAAAGGUACUUGGAAUCUGAAUGUUAGUCCCGGUCCCCAUCGAUGCUUGAGACUCGAUGCCUAACCCUAGUCCUCAGUAGGGUUGGGCAUCGUUACAUUUUGAACAAUCCUGGUUCUGAUUCCGAAUCACUUGCACUUGCACUUAGAUAAGAUUCUCUCUCUGUGUGGCUUCGUCUCAUAUGCUUCUUCCUUGUUGGUGUUCAGCGGCGGCUUCUUCUUCGUUGGUGUUCAGUGGUAUCUUCCUUAUUGGCUAUUUCUUCCAGUCGGCGGACUCCGGCAUCGAAACUUGGAAUCGAAAUUUUAAAAUUUGAACGGUACUGGGAGAAUUGGAAUGUUAGUCCCGGUUCCCAUCGAUGCUCGAGACUCGAUACCCAACCCUAAACCUCGGUCAGUGGUUGGAUUAUGAAGAAAACUACUAUCCUGAAGACUUUGAAUCUAGAUUGUCUAGACUGUGUUUUGUGCACUGAAUUAGAAGUUCUCUUGUUUUCAUUCUUGUUUCCACAUCUAAAGCUGGCACAGUCCUCCCUGUUUCUGUGUCUUAAAAAUUUCGUCUUUCUGGGGUGAAUGUCAAAACCUCAGCAAAGUUUCCUCCCUCCUCCCCAGUGAUGCCAUCCUGACUCUGCAGCUGUACUUAUUGUUGUUUUUCUUCUCUGUAUGAGCAGAUCUCUCACCACCGCCUACUCGGGUUGUAACAGCAGCUCAUUUUAGUCUCAACAAUUUCACACCAGCGGUAUCUUAUCUAUGAUAUAUGCUGAGUUCAGAUAAUAACUCUGUGUUCUGUGUUUCAGAAAUAGAAACUGUAACACCCACGAUAUCACCACGUGAUGCUGUUAGGAGGACCUAUUUGUUUAUUGUGACAGUGCAGAGUUGUGUUUGCACCACUUCAUGUGUCACUCAUGAACACAUGAGCUGUGUUGGUAUGAGGGCAUCAGGGAAAGUAGUGUUAAAUAUUUUUGUAGCUACUAUAAUCUGAACCGCUUGAAUUUCUAAAAAGUUCAGGUGCUGUGCAGGAUGUGACUAAACCAGAUUUGAUGGGUUUCAAAUCCUUUUAACUCUAUAAGCACCUAGAAUUACCAAAGAACAACAAACUAAAUGUUAAAGAAGAAAACAUUUAAUUAUUUUAUGAAAAAAAAAAAGCUUAAUUUUAAAUCUAAGGUGAAUAGUCGGCGCAGUGGUUUGUGCCAACCAUUGUGUUGGAUCACCUCUUUUAAUAACAGUUUAAGACACUCAUUUCUAGAGUUUUGAAAGAGAGACAUUCAUGGGGCAUCAAAUGUUUUCAGUUGUCGACAAAUCAGGACUGGUGGUAGACCAGUCCAGCUCCCGCACUUGUAAUCAUAGACAUAAUAUACAUAGACACCUCAUAGACUGCCUAUUGAAGCUGAUGUAUCAGCACAGCCGCCAUCUUGGAUAGGUCCUACAAGCGCCUCAAGCGCAUUUAUUUAUAAUGGUGAAAACCGUUUGAUUAUAAUGCCAGUCCGGAGCGGAGCACAGCCGUUCCGUAUCCUUUAGAAUUUAGCCAUUAGACUGUAAUUCAUGCAAUUUAAAGCAAUUUUAUCAUUAAAAUCCUUAAUUUUAUUAAUUCUAACAAAGUGGUGAUCAGCUUUUCUACAGAUAAUUGAGUGUUUUUAAUUGUUGCUGAAAUGUCCUUGUUUUCAGAGUCCAAACAUCGACUCACAUGGACAUGCUGUCUUUUCUGAGAAUGCAGUUCAGUCUAUAAAGGAAUCACAAUCCCCCAGUUUGUGUUUAUUUAUUCAUGCAUUCAGAGAAAAAGUCUGUCGGAUCCGUCUCGGUGUAUUCUCCAUAAUGGAGUGUUUCUCUGACUUAUUAAAAUGAAGGGUUUCUGUCAGAGUCGAUCACUUAUGUAAGAGGUCUAUCAGAGUCUACGAUAGUCCUGUCAGGCAGGUACUUGCUUUAUACAGUCGGCACUUAAACCGCUUACAGGAAAAUCUCUGCAGGGUGUCAUCCAUUAAACGACAGAAAGGCCGAAAAGAGAAAACACAUUAGUCAUUUUUUUAGCCUUGCUAGCGUCAUUAGCCCGUCUGUUGGUCUGAGAUAUCUCAGCAGCUAUUAGAUACAUUAUGAACAAUGUUUGUGCUGACGUUUAUGGUUUCCUAAUCGAUGUUUCUUUACGUCUUUAUGAUUUGCUGACUCCUUUUUCAUGAGCUGCCAGUAAAAGCUGCACAAUUCAUCAAAAUAUUGGGAGUUCAUGAUCAGCCAAGGGCGUUAUCCAGACUGCAGACGUGGUGUUUCUGUCAAGUUUAGAAAUUAGAAGUCGUGGCAGAAGUGCAAAAAAAAAUCACCACUGAAAAAUAGAUGAAUAACAGUCUUUAACUUGUGAUUUUAACUCUUUUUUUUUUCGUCUUUUUCUCAUUUCAGGUCCACUAUCCAGACGUGGAGCGAGUGGAGUGGCUGAACAAGGUAAAGUCAACCAUCCAUACACCCAUACUGUUAUUUCUCCUCUUUCUUGUCCUGCCCACUGGUUUGCUCUGCAUCAGGAGUUAUAAGCCUGUUAGCUCGGAGAGACAGGAAGGUAGGAUUUAUAAAUAGGCUCUGAAUGUGGAGCUCUGCAAGACCCUGACCCAGCGCUGCAACAUCCCAGAGAGAGAGAGAGAGAGAGAGAGGAGAAAGUGAAGUGGAGUGAUAGGCAGUGGUGUUAUAAUAACCUUUAUUCGUUUCCACGUUUUCUGCAGAGGGAGACAAAUAAAACACUCAGUUCGUUGAGUUACUGGUUAAAUUGAAGGUUAAGAAAUGAACAUUUGAAAAGUGAGGAAUCAUGUAUAAAAUGAAGUAAGAUUCAAAUACCAGCAGACCUGAUCUCCCUCAGGCAGUCUGUCCCAGAGCCUGAGGGUCCUGAGAGCAGCACUUAGUGAAAAUGUGAGGAUGGUCUUCCAGGAGAAAGUAAAUGGAUGUAAAUGAGAAAGAAAGAAAGAAAGAGUCCAUUUCUGUAUAUUCAAAGGUACAUCCUCCGUCCAGUCCUGAAGUAAUUAAAUUUCCAAAAUCUGUUCAAUGACUUUUUUGAUGUUUAUAGGUAAAAAUAAAGUAAUGCUACGAUACAAUAUGAUACAAUACAAUACUGUAUAAUUUAGAUACUUGGCUUCAGGAUAUCAGUUAUUACACCAUGAGUUCAGACAGUAAUACAUUACAGCAUUAAGUCUAUGAGUCGUAUUGUUUUGCAACCAGCUAUAUAUCCUAUCAUAUGUUAUAUCAUAUCAUAUUAAAUUUGAUAAUAUCAAAUCAUGUUAUAUCAUAUAAUUACCAUAUUUAUCAUUUCAUAUCAUAUUAUGUUAUAUCAUAUCGUAUCAUAUCAUAUCAUAUCAUAUCAUUACCAUAUUUAUUUUAUCAUAUUAUGUUAAAUCAUAUCAUAACAUAUCAUAUUAUAUCAAAUCAUGUUAUAUCAUAUCAAUAUCAUAUCAUAUUAAAUUUUCUUAUAUUAUAUCAUAUCGUGUUAUAUCAUAUCAUAUUACGUUAUAUCAUAUCAUAUCAUAUCCUAUCAUACCAUAUCAAUUCAUAUCAUAUAUCAUUUCAUAUCAUAUCAUAUCAUAUGUCAUAUCAUAUAUCCUUUAACAGCCCAAUAAUAAUAGGGAAUAAUAAAUGUUUUCGUGUAUCUAGCCGUCUGUCCCCUACAGACUUUAAGACUUUUUGGACUCAGACGGUUUAGAGACCGAUCCUUCAAAAUAUCACAGAUUUAUUCUGUCUCUUUGUCUCCUCGCCUCCUCGUCUCCUCGCCUCCUUUUUCUCAGCCUUUAAAAAUUCGUCAGCUUUGUCACUGAGUUGCAGAUUUAACGCCGUGAAGAGAGAAACACUCAGACCUCACAGCCCUCACUGUGAGGCUGUACGAGACACAGAUAAAAGAAAAGUCCUGGCGAUUGUUCGGCAGUUUUAUGACUUUGGAAAGAUACUCAUGUCUGUUUGAAAGCAGCCUUUGUGGACACUUGUUUUUUGUAUUUGUCAUGAAAAUCUGAUGAGAGCUUGAGUUUUGAGGACUGCUCCAACAGAGAGAUAUCAGACCAGUGAUGAGACUCAUGUGUUUUGAUUUGUAUGUUUUCACCAUCGCCAUUGCUAACCUCCCAAAAGGUCAAAAACACCUGAAAACAAGCGCACAGCAACCAGCUCUGACUUUCCCCCUGGCAGACUCUGCUGGAUCUGGAUUCGGUGUUUCUGUCUGACACUCUCUGUCUCUCUCCUCCCUCUCAGACAGUGAAACAGAUGUGGCCGUUCAUCUGCCAGUUUGUGGACAAGCUGUUCAGAGACACCAUCGAGCCGGCGGUGAAGGGAGCCAACCCUUACCUCAGCUCCUUCUGCUUCACUAAGAUCGACAUGGGCGACAAGGUGAAGAGACGCCCAGACUCUGAUGAUUGUAUUUACACCAAAAAUACUGAAUCUUCUUUAUACUGAACAUUAAAGUGGCACAAACUUCAACCAAAUACAGACAUAAAACCAAAGAAACUGAAUCAAAGCUUCGGUAUUAGAGUUAAAAUUAAAAUUCAUAGUGUUAUAAGACCGUGGAGGGAUUUGCUGACUUGUAUUUUUCAUGUUUUUCUGCAGCCGCUGAGAGUGAACGGAGUGAAAGUUUACACAGAGAAUGUGGACAAGAGGCAGGUCAUCAUGGACCUGCAGGUCAGGUAAACACUUAAGCCUCUUAUCUCCACAAACUCCUCUUAAAUGUUUUUUCUGGUCUCUUAGGCGUGCAAUUUUUUUAUUAUCUCAGAAAAACCCCAAACUUUCUUUAUUUUCGCACAUUUGAAAAACCUUUUGUAACCCUAAAAAGAAAACUUAUGAAAUUUAAAAACUACUAUACCUGAUAUAGACUGAUAUUUCUACUCUUCGUUCCCGAUUUAAAAUGACGUACACUUUAGUUAUGUAUUUCAAUUUUCCCUGUCCUGCUUUAACGCCACAUUAUUAAUCCGGUUUUCCUUCUUGCCUCCUUCCAGCUUUGUUGGAAACACAGAGAUUGACGUGGACAUUAAGAAGUACUACUGCAGAGCUGGAAUCAGAAGCAUACAGGUACGACUGUUUCUCACGAUUCACCUCGAAGAUUUCUCAGACUUUCACAAACGUUUGAAUGAAUAUUUCAUUUCUAGUUUUUAGGGCUGAAACGGUUCCUCGAGUAAAUCCAGUCUCUUGAUGAUCUUGUGUUUUCAUCCUGAUCGGCCACCGGUUAGCGCUGUAAAAACAAAAGCACAUAUUACGCUACCACUGACCGCUAAUCCUCCUGGCCAGAGUGUAGGGCUGGGUGAUAUGGCCUCAAAUCAAUAUCACAAUAUAUUGAUCACUUCACCUUGACAACGAUAAAUGGACGAUAACUACUCCACAAGCUGCUCACCCCCUCCCACAUUAACUUCGUCUACUUCAGCCGCUACAACUUUUGAACCGUCCUCCAUCUCCUCACCUGUCUUUCCCUCUUUGUUACGGACUGGAUGGGGUGGAGUCACGUCUCUGACGUAGGACAGUGUCUUAAGAGGACAUGAGACCAUAGCCUACCUACACACAUCCAAAAACAACUUUAUUUAUUUUUUUGACACCAAAUAAAUUGACAUGGGCAAAAUGAGGUUGGUUAUUGUCGUAAAUUUCAGUAUUGGGACAUUUUCGGUUUAUCGCCCAGCCCUACCAGCAUUUUAUCCUUUCUAUCCUUAAGAUUUGCUCCAACAAAUCCCAUUAAAAUGUUGUACAAAUAUACUUCUUUGUGUUAGUUUAGUUGAACAAUUAAAUAAAUAAAGCUGUAUUAGAAAGUAGGGCUGGGCGAUAAACCCAAAAUUUACAACAAUAACCAACGUCAUUGUGCUCAUGUCAGUAUAGUUAUCGUCCAUUUUUCGCCAUCCAGGUGAACUGCUCAACAUAUCGUGAUAUUGAUUUGAGGCCAUAUCGCCCAGCCCUAUCAAAGAGGCACAUUCACAUUAAAUUCACAUGAUUAUAGAGGAUGAAAUGAGGCCAUGCUUGUUUGAAGCGCUCCUGGGUUUAACCCUGACCCUGGUGUUAGUCUGCGACCUCUCCGUUGAGAGUUUUUACAUAAUGCGUUGACUCAGCGGCUGAUAAGGAGACGUUAUCCUCUCUGCUGUUGGCACAAGAUGAGGACAUGUUUGCUGUUCAGAGAUCAGAGGGAAAGUGAGAGGAGCUGGAAAGAGGCGACGGCGCUUAUAGGAGUCAAUAUUUGCCUUUGUGUUUGGCUUAACUUUUACAGCUGCGGCGCUGCUCUCCUCUGUGUGAGCACUUUUUAUAGACUGCUGGAGACAUAAGAGGCUCAGAGGAGAGAGUUUCAGCUUCAAACUUAUGGUGAGUCAUUUUCCAGGAGGAUGGGUUUGAUUAAAUGUCAAACUGCAGCGCUUUCUGAAACAGGAAGCUGUUCUUCUUCUGUGAAAUGACUUUAUCUGCUGCUAAUGAUUUCUGAAGCCUCCUCCAUCAGGCAGAAGUGAGCCUACAGGAGGAGGAGGAGAUAAUAAACAAAACACUAUCUUCAAUCUUUCCCCUGAACUCGCUCUGAUGAGCAUAAUGUUGGUAUUUGAUUACUCAGAGUGAACUAUGACCAAAUUUGGUGCUGCAGACGGGUCGUCUACAUAUCUGAGGUUUGAGUCACUGCAGCCUCUGAGGAAGCAGCGUCCUUAAAAAACAUAAUAAGCUCUCAGGGGCUGUGUCCACUUUCCUUCUCAGGGAUUAUAAACUAUGAUGCCAGUAAAUAAAAAAACUGGGAUGGGCAUCGUCUCUUUCGCCAGUUUUUCAGUUUCACGCUGUGCUCUUGUGAGGAUUCUUGUGAUUCUUGGCACCAACAUAUUUUGCAAAACCAGCAUUUCACACAUUCUGAGCGGAGACAGACAAGUUCAGCCUUGGGUUUUUGUUUUGUUUGUAGAGCACAAACUGGAGGGGAAAAGCACAGAUUUCCACCAAGACCAGUAGUCCAGUCUUUUGAUCCAGGUCUUCAAAUACAGCAUCCUAAUAAAUGUAAAACCACUUCCCCCAAAACUAAGAGAUCUACCUCAAACUGUGUGUUCAAUUUUAAUCACCAGUCUUUGCGGCUUACAUCCAUCCAAGCACAUUUUCUAGAUACUGUAUCGGAUGAAAUAUCCCAAAGCUGUACCUGAAUUAAAGACAUGAGGCCAGAAAAUGACUUUGCUCAAAGUUAAAGUUUUUCUACAACUUUAGAGGCGCACGAAAACUCCUUAAAUUUUCCCGUAAAUUGACAGUGCGCCCUAUAAUCCAGCGCACCUUAUGUAUGAUUAGUGUUUGUGCUUACUGACUGAUUUUAUGUGGUGCAAUGCGCUUAAAAAUCUGCUGAAAUGUGUAAGUACGACUUUAGUACAACAAAGCCGUUCCGCUCAAUGGAUAUUCAGAGCGUUACGGUACAUCGUGUCACGUACCCCUGGCCCAGAGUACGCGCUAGCAACAGUAAACCAAUCAAUGCGCCAAUUCUUAAUGCGCCUUCCAAUCUACCAAUUAAAAAUCUGUCGAAAUGUGUAAUUACGACUUUAAUAAGCAAAGAAGCCGUUCCGCUCAAUAGAUAUUCAAAACGUUACGGUACAUUGUGUCACGCUAGCAUCAAUAAAACAAUCAAUGCGCCAAUUCUUAAUGCGCCUUCCAAUCAGGUGCGCCUUUUGUGUGAACAUAGACACAUUAAUUCACAGUGCGCCGUAUAAUCCGGUGUGUGUUAUCGCCCCAAAAAUACGUUAAAAUGUGGAUAAAUGCAGAUUUUGAUGGUUUGGGAAUUAUUUAAAAACGUCAUGAGAAUAAAGAAUUUUAUUCUUUUAUGAAAAAUAUUUGGUCAUUUUUGUUUUUUUGCUAGCAACACAUCUACAAAAAGUUGUGACAGUGGCAACAAAACUCUGGGGGACCAUCGGCUAUUCAGUAAGGUUAAUUUAUAUGAGGUUAAUGACGUUACUGUGGAUACAAUACUUAAGCAGACUUCGGAUAUUUCAAGAAAAUCAGACAAAUACUGAUUGAUCGUACUUCUCAUCAAUGUUGAACCAGCUGUUGCCAGGAAACCUCUCUUACGCUGUACUGAUAUCACAUCUAACUGACUGAUUAUUGACGGUUUCUGUCCUUUUUUCAGCUUCAUGGAACGAUGAGGGUGGUGAUGGAGCCUCUGCUGGGGGACAUGCCUCUGAUCGGAGCCCUGUCAGUCUUUUUCCUCAAGAAACCAGUGAGUACUUUGACCUUUGACAGAAUGUUGUCACAGAAAUCCUCAGAACUAACAGCAGUAUUUAAAGUUGUUAACUGGGAGCACCAGAACAGACACAAACUGAAACUUACCCACAGGAGCUUCAAGCAAUGACUCGCACAUUUACGCUUUCCUCUUUUUGUGCGGACCCACCUAAAAACCGUUUCUUUCUGACUGAGUCGUCCUGGACUUCUCUCUCUCUCUCUCUCUCUAUCAGUACAUUCCUCCUCUCUGACUGCUGUCUUCCUUCCUGCGCCUCAGCACUUUUUAUCUAUCAGAUUCAGGGUUUGAUAUCUCGCACUCUCGACGUGAGAAAGAAGAAUCACCAUCAGAAGACUGAGAUGGAGAUGUGAAAUCAUUCCCCUCUCCUCCAGAAUUUGUUUUUCUGUCGUUUAGUGAAAGGAGGAAUCGGCUUUGACAGACAAACAGGAUUUAAUCCAGUUAGACUCGGUUUGUCUGAUCAUCAGGAGGUGAUGUCUCAUGUCUGUAGUGCAGUUGCAUAAGUCAGUCGUGACUGUUUUCGGCUGUACUUAGUUGACUGGUAACCAUGGCGCAUUGUUUCCCAGUGAUGUCAUUGGACUCACAUACCAGUCAUUGUUGCUUUUACGGCCACAAGCAACAGUUUGAGGUUUCAAACAAAGGAGGGAGCUUUAUCUUCAAAUGAAGAAUGUAUCACUCCGGGUACGGAUCGGGUUCUGUUGUACCUACCUUUGGUUUCAUGAAGAACAUAAUCCGGUUAUUGUUUGAGCUCAGGUUGUGGAUUAUGUUGAAAUCAAUGCCUGGAUCGGAUUAGCUGGAGGAAUGUGCAGAAAAUCAGUCCCAGAGAGAAGGAAAGUUGAGAAAAACCAUCUAAAGUUUGAUUUUUUUUUCUAAUCAAUAAAAACAGAUACAGGAACACAAAAACACAAGAACACGGGGGGAGGGGCCACACUACUUUGUAACAUAAAAAUGUUAGCCUGGCUGGGCCAUCCAGUUGCGUGAAUCACUUGCCGUUCCUUCCCACAACAGUCUGGACUUCGGCCAAUUGGGACAAGUAUUACAAAUCAGAAAAAAAACGGGCCAACCACUGACUGUGUUUCCACUGUUCCCCGGACAAUAGGGAAAGGCAGCCCCCUGAUUGGUCCAUGUGUAGAUGGUGACAUCUAACACAUCAUGUGGGACUUUUCAAAGCGCCGUUCAUUCAGAACGCCGUUUAUUCUGCAGCUGACUUUGCAAAGUCGGCAGAUAUCGUUUAAAUACACGUUGAAAUAUUACCAAACCUUUACUUGAUGUUUGAGAGCCCAGCAGGGAACACAGUUGCGCACUGUGAUGACGUCAGGUUACGGUGGUUGGUUACAAUAGUCUGUCUAUCAAGGAAAGUACUCCCGCCCACUUUUAGGGCUCCCAAUUGACCGAAGUCCAGACUGUUGUGGGAAGGAACGGCAAGUGAUUCACGCAACUGGAUGGCCCAGCCAGGCUAUGAAAAUGCUGUUUUGUCCAUCUUACAGCCGACAGCUCUGUUUUAAUUUGGAGACUGUAGGUCAUUUGUUCCACAGAUCGAAUUUCUUCUACAAUGUCCAGCCAGUGAUUCAGUCCAGGUGGUUCAAUUCUCAGCCAACUUGUAAUGUUCUUCUUAGCUGCAAGAGAUAGGACUUUGAACAGGUGUAUGUCUUCUUUACUUCUUACAUCGUCUGGUAUCAGUCCUAGAUAAAUAAACCGAGGAUCCUUAGGAAUAUUAUAUCCAAGAAUUUCACCCAUAGCUCUUAAAACUUCCUCCCAAAAUGACCAAAAUAUAUGAGAAUGGUUGGCAUUCAGUUGCCCACAAUUUCUCCAGCAAUAUUGUUCUUGGCUUAAUUGUUUAUUUUUGAUUUUGGGUGUAAUAAAAAAAAAACUUGUCAAAUUUUUCCAACCAAACUCCCUCCUUUCUUUAGAGCUGGUUGAUGUAUGUUGGGUCUUAAAUACAAUUUUAUAUACUCUGUAUUUAUUCCCAGUUGUUUCAAAAGACUCUUGCACAGUUUAAAGACAAUUCUAGAAGGAGUUUGCUUGAACGCCCCUGUCAACACCUCAAUCACAUCAUUCCCUUCCAAUGAGAGUUCCCUCUUAAUUUCCGUCUCAUAAAAGUCUCUUUGAAGGUACUUGAAUAGAUCUCUAUUGUCGAAGUUUGAUCAUUUUAACCUUUAAGAGCCAAAAACUAAAAUUUGCUGUUCGUAAUCCACUUACACGACCUUUUUUUGGCAUCUGAAAUCGUCUCUGUCUCGUUUAUCGUUGCAUAUCCAACAUGGUGACCAAAGUUCAGUUGUAAAAUCCUGUUUUUCUUUACACGCUGUUAUCUUACGUAAUCUGAUAUUUCAGGAGCAGUCGUUUGUUUUUCUCUUAAUUCUGCUUCUGCCAGGUUUGAGUUUCUUCCUGUGCGACUUUGGCAGAGCAGCGUUGUGGUCCACUGUGGUCUACAUGUAGAGUGCUAACUAGGCCACGGAAAUACACACCCACCUCUUCACUGUUCAGCACACAGACACACACGCACACAUGCCAGCAGCCACACACCCACAUAUACAUUUAAUUUGUGAAAUUAGUCACACAUCCCUGCUGACAGCUUCUGUUGUUGACUCGAGUCUCAAGACAUUUUUUCAGACGUUCAUUUUCGCCUGAAAACUCGUCAGCUCUCUUGUUUUAGGAAACACUAAUGAUGUCUCUUGGGCUUGUUUUUUUUUUAAUUAUGUGUGUCUGAAUUUAGGCGCCCGCUCCAUGACUCACCUGUAAAACCGUGAUCAUAUCCCACAGUAAAAUUUAAAAAUGAACAUAUAUGCUCAUUUUUAAUCAAAGUUGGACAUGUUUACCAAUGUGUUGUUGCAUCACCUCUUCCUUUAACAACACUCAGUAAAUGGUUGUGAACCAAGGAGGCUGGUUUCUGGAGGUACAAAAUUCAGGAUUUCAGCCAUUCUACACUUCAGAGUCUCCUUUGCUGCCUUUCCAACUGGUGACCGGUCAGGACCACUUUAGCAUGUGGACUCUUCUACUAGGGAGCCAUGCUGUUGUAAUCGUUGCUGAAUGCGGUUCAGUGUUGACUUGCUCAUAUAUGGAAGGCCUUCUUUGUUAAAGUCGUUGUCUGGAUGGCACCAUAUGUUGCUUCUGAACUAGGGCUGCAUGCAUAAUCGAUUUUUAAUCAUAAUCAGAUUAUUUGAUUAUGACAAUGUUAAAAAAUUCAAAUCGUCAAAUCCUCUCUAUCAUGUCUCGCGCCUCCAGACCACCAUAGACUCCGCCCUCUUGUCGGAGCACUCCCCAGUUCUCAUACACACCAGUGUAAACAAACAUGGCAUUUGCAAAAGAAGGCGGUAAUUUUGUGGCUUUAUGGGACACUGCAAAGUCUGUCUGAAGGAGGAAACGCUAAAGUUUUUUUGCCCACACGGAAACAAAGUUUCGGGUGACUGUAAACGGUACUCGUGUCCGGCCAAAACAAACUUAAUGCUCAUGCUCCAUACUCUUCCUCUGUCUUUUGUUUUUCCUGGGCAGGAUUACAGCGCCACUCAAUGGCUUGGCAUAUGCACUACAUGGUUUUUAGUGGUUUCAUUUUUGAGAGACUAUCGAAAAACUUAUUGUUUUUAAAGUGAAGUUUGGUGAAGUUGUCACUGUAUAAAAAAAUCAAGUUUUGGCCCAAAUCGUGCAGCCCUAGGUCACUUCCUUGAUACCUCCCCCCCAGUACUCCACAGAUGCUGUUUUUUAAACUGUACUGGGUUGUCCCUUUUACUCUGUUGCAAUGUCCAUUAUUUCCAAAAGUAAUGUUAAACUUUGACUCGUCAGUUUUCUUCUACUGGUGUAACAUUUAUCACUGUUACCAUCACUUCUGCCCAGACUGUUACUCAAUGACGCAGCUGCUGUUGUUCAGUCAGGGUUGAAAACAUGAUACUGGGUAGAUAUCAGGGUGUGUCAGGAAUGUGUGCUGGGAUUUAGCCUCGCUUGUCACAGCAGUGCAUUUUAAUGUCUGAUAACCUGACAUAAUAUGACAGUAUGUGACUUCUCAUCAUAGUCCUGUUUCCCUGGUAAUACAGUGGCAGUAAAGAAGCUUCAUAACAGGGUUAGAAAACCAGACUAGGCCCCCUCUCUGAAGAUGAGAGUCCUUGUUCACUGUGGAUGUUUCCUUUACGGACUGAGUGUAGGAAACUUGUCAGUACCUGCAGAGCGAAGUUUCAUAAUUUCUCCAAACUCAGAUUUGUACAUAAGUUUUGUUAGCUUGUAAUGACAGGAAAUACUUGGUGGAGCCCAAUGAGAGGCAGCAGCACCUCCCACAAGGAUAAUCUCUUUGUGGUGUUUUCCCAGUUCUGCCUGCAUUUAAAUUAUAAUGAAAGUCUUAGUGGGUUUGAACGGUUAAUAUCAGUGUCUUAUCUUGAAUAGGUGAGAAACAUUGUAGAGGUACAAGUCAUGUUAUACCGUUUGUGACCUCUCUGAUUGUUUAUUUUUAUAUGUACAAAGAGGUUUUAAACUCUUGAUUCAAAUAACAGACGCGUAUACCUCCCUUUACAGUGCUGCAAAAGAUGACAUUUUUCUGUUAGCGUUUUGAGCAGACCCAUAAAUAGACCCUUGCAUCAGGUCAUCUGCCCUGUAACUUUUAAAGUCUAUUUAUGUUUAUUUUUCUGUGAUCUUUAUUGUGUUUGCAUCAUGUUUGUUUUCUUCAAUUUGGUUGAUGUCUCUGUCAUUCAGCUCUCUGUCUUGCUACUUUCUUCACUUGCUUCUUCACUGCUUUCCUCCUUUUUUUGCCGAUGCCUCGUUAGCCAUUAACCACAAAUCUCACCUUUUAUACCCUGUAAGUAAGCCAUUAAGGGUGACCGUUAUGGGUUUUCCACCAAUCAGAACACAGCCUAGUAAUAUAGCUUUGUAUUGGCUAUCAACCAGUGAUGCAACACGCCUUGUUAUACUGGAAUUUCAGUUCAGUGAGUCAUGGAUCAGAGCUGUUAUGCAAGCAAAUUACUUAAUUUCUGAAAACUGGCACAAAAUGUAUUGAAUGUAAGUGAAACUGGUUUGUUUUUCAAAGAGAGCGGGAUUCAGACUUUUGUUUGUUUUAAAAAGCUUCCUUAUAUUAUGAUAUUAUCAUGUCAUUUGAUCGUUCACACUCAAUGAGUUUCUACACCAUAUGGUAGCGAACAUGGAAAGAGAACAAUCGGCCUUGUUUACUGAACAGAACAUACAUAGAAUUUAGUCACAUAACUGCUUGUACAUUUAAUCAGAUUAACACAGUUUAGAUGUACAUUUCUUCACGUGUUGAAACAGUCUUACUUCUGUGUGGCAAGACUUCAGGAGUCGUCUUAUAUUUUCAAGGAAAAGACAAUCGCAGUAUAUCAGGCGUUAGUAUAAGGAGCAAGAACUCAAACACAGAAGAACUCAAACAACUAAAAUAUAACCAAACAAGGCAAAAUGCUCAGAGAUAGAAUCUCAACAGUUUCCUUAAGAAGUUUUAUUUCAUGCAACCAUCAGCUAAAUCUAAAUAAUCCCCAUUACUAACCAACAACCAACCAAGUGUACAAACAAGGUGACACUUAUAUUGACCGUGCGAUUAUUUUAUUGACAUAGUAAUGAUUUAAUCAUGCAUCCAAAAUAACAGGCCCUUGGAUUUAAUGGUUGCUUGUGCCUCUAAAGCCAGCAGUAUUCUCAUCAGCCCAAACAGUAAUCAGACUAGCCUGAUUAUUAUUUCUUUUUUUCUUUGUUAACAUGGAUUGAUCUGGUGUAUGCGAUGCUGCGAACAAGUUGCUCCUAGCAUUUGCAAUUAAGAAUUACUAAUUGCUACCAGGGGGUUUGACCAGUUGGAAUCAAGCAAAUGCUGCAUUCCAGUUAGCUCAGAAGACAGAAGUCCGAGCUGAAAAUGACGUCACACCUGAGCUGUUUUAUUGGUCAUCAGUUCAUUUCAGUUGAAAGUUCCGAUUCUGAGCUCGUACAUUCCUACUUCUGAGAACAACUGGAACGCACCAUAAGCUCAAAGCACAGUAAAGAUUGAAGCAUUAGAAUGAGAUCAAGGUAAUAGAACGAUAUCAGAAAAUUGGAAUGAGAUCAAAGCAAUAGAACACGAUUAAAACAUUAGAAUGAGAUCAAGGUAAUAGAACACGAUUAAAACAUUAGAAUGAGAUCAAAGCAAUAGAACACGAUGAGAGCAUUAGAAUAGCAUUAAAGUGAUACAGAGAUGUAGAAAAAAGGAGAUGAAAGUGUAAAAAGAAUAGAGGCAGUAGAAUAAAGAAAACCAUUAUAAAUUAUGAGAGAUGAUCUGUUCUAUUAUGUAACUGCUGUUUAUUUCUUAAUGUAAUGUAAUUUCAAAGACUGUUGGAUACAUUACCUUAUCGUGUCCAUCCUGUCCUAAUGAGAGCUAAGCCAAUCUGCUCAGCUGAUUGAUUAUUUGAUGGAUUGAGUUUAAAGUUGAGCUCCUGCUGCUGCAGCUCUGCUGAGUCAUGGCAGCAUCCUUAAAGGGAUGAUAAUUAGCAGAUAAAGAGUUACAAAUGGCUGAACUGUGGAAAGAUUUUCUAACCAUUUCUUUGCAAAGUGAAACAGUUUGGUUUUAUUUCAUUUGAUUUGAUAUGGAGUCGUUUGUCUGCUGUAAUGAGGGAGACAUUGAGAUACAGAUAAAUUGUUUUUGGUUUAUUACAUUUAAACUGAUUACACUCUCUAUAUGGCGAUCUUGAGGAGAGUCAGUCUCUGAAAAAUGUCACAGACUGCUUUUCCUUUACUCCUUAGGUUAGGUUUGUUUUAGCAGAAAUUUGUUACUUAUUGGUUUCAAACUGAGUUUUUGUUUUUUUUUCUGCCUUUUAGCUGCUGGACAUCAACUGGACUGGACUCACCAACAUGCUGGACAUCCCUGGAGUCAAGUAAGAGACUGAAUGUUGUGUAUAGAACUAUUUUACAAGAUGUUUCAUGUUUAAUGUAGAUAUUUGAUGAUUAAAUAGGAGCAGAGGAAAGAAAGGAGGGAUUAGAAAGGGAGAAUGUAUAGAAAAAAUGAGAGAAAAGAAAAAAGAAAGAUGUAAGACAAAGAAAAUAAAUGCCAAAAAGAAAAAGAAAGCAGAAAAAAAAUGAAGACAUAAAGAAAGACGUUUGGAAAAAAGUAAUGAAAGACAGAAAUUAACAGAAAUGAAAGAUGAACAGAAAAUGAUGAAGGUUGCAGGUUGAUGAAUGAAAAAAGGAAGGCAAUAAUUAAAAAGAAUAAAAGAAUAAAAAAGAGAAAAUGGCAUAUAAAGAUAACAAUAAAGAUCGUUCAAUUGAAAGAAGAGAAUUGAAAACAAAAAAGAUUGAAAAAAGAUUAUUUAGAAAAAAAGAGAGUAAGUCAAAGUUCACUGCUCUAUUUACUUUAUUUUACCUUAAACACACACCUGUGGCCUGUAGAGGUUAAAAAAAUGUUUGCGGUGUCAUCUUAAGCGGAAAUAAGUGCUUUGAUCAUGAUCUUUAAAAAAUGAGGUCAGUUGACCCUGUUUUCAGAGGACUGUUGGCCCAGCUAGCUUCUUGUUUUUACCGCUGAUUCCUCGUUAAAAGUCUGAACUGACUGUAAUCCAGUGUGGCUAAUAAACUUAUUAAAGACGUGUUACUCUGCAAAAACAAAAAAACAUCCAGUUCAACUUUAUCCAUCAUGUGGCGGUGCAUUGUGGGAACGUUUCAAACUCAUGAUGGACUGAGUAAAAAUGUUAUUAUGGUGUGGUGUCAUGCCACCAAACCUCCUUUCACAUGCAAACUCUGGGAUCAAGAGAGGCCGCCGGAGUGACUUCAGCGCUCAUGAAUUCAAAUGUUCUCAUUUAAAUGAGGCGCAGUGAGACUGCAGUGUUUGUCCCGAAAAUAGAUCCUUGUUUCAUGAGAUAAUAUCUGAUAAAUGUGAACUCUAAACAUUUGGAAAAGCUACAAACAGAAAGAGCAGUCGGUAUUUUUCAGAGCGUGUAGCAGCACAUCCUUCCUGCUCAGUUUAAUGACAAGAGACGUCCCGGUGGACCCUCAGUCGGAGCAGGUCUAUCAGACUCUGAGUCUCUGCUGAAACCAUUACAUUAAACACCGGAUCAGAGACUGGAUUAUGACCCUUAUUUCCCCCUCUAAGUGUUGAUAUUUAUAGAAACAUGGUUAUUGAAGGGAAGCAGCCGCAGAUAGAUGAGAUACUCUGGGGAAACAGUUCCAGAUAUGAGCAUAAACCCUUCUACUACAGAGCCAUGCUGUUGUAAUGCCUGUUGUCAGAAUGUGGUUUGUCAUUGUCUUGCUGAAAUAUGAAGGUCUUCCCUAAAUUAGCCAUUGUCUGGAUGGCAGCACUGGACCUCAGGAUAGUUUUCCACUUGUUCGUCUCCACCCGUUUGCAUGGUGUGAAAUACGAUCCUCCUGAAACACGGAGUGUUUUAUUUUGAAAUGAAGCCGAAUGUUUCAUUUUGUGUCUGUGCCCGACUUCCUUUCCAGCAUGGGUUAAUCUGUGCUGAGUUUAUCUGGCACGCUCUGGCGUCCAGAAAAAACAGAACUCUUGCGGUCAGCUGCAUAGUCCGGCGAUCCACAGCGGAACAGAAAGAAGCCGUUGGAAAUCGAAAAAUCAACUUGAAUGGUUACGAUCAGCUACGAUCGGCGGAUACGGCCUAUUCGUAGCCGUUCCAGAUGGGUGGAAGCUGGACGUGAGGUCAGACAAGUUCACCACAAUAACAGCUCCGUCUGUGCUGACCUCCAGCUGAUCACUGUUUUUAUGGAAUCCUGUGAUGUCACAAAGCCACGGAAUUCUCCUUGAUGUUCAAAUUACUGCAACUACAGGUUCUUUCCUGGGAUGGUUCCACUGAGCUGGUGGUGGAAACAUGAUGUCAAUGUAGUAGUUGCAUCAGUGGUUUUUAGCCCAUGCGGUGACUCCCACUUUUGAGUCAUAUCUUUUUUUUUUUAAUGCAGAGUUUUGUAGAGAUAUCUUUUCGAGAAUGUUGAACUCUUGGCUCACGCAGUCUCUCACAAAGUGGUGAAUUUCUUCUUAUCAUUCUCGCGAAAGGACUCGGCCUCUCUAGAACGCCUUUCUUAAAACCCACUCGUUAUAUGAAUUAACCUGUUUAAUACAGCCUAAAUAUGCUUAAACAUAUAAAUGUGUGUGUGUACAUAUAUAUGUAUAUAUGUAUGUAUGUAUGUAUGUAAAGUUUGAAUGAGUCACUGCUGUCUGUGAUGUUUCCUCUCUGUAUGUUUCUGCUUCCUGUUGGUCUCCUGUUUGUUUUCAGCUAAGAAACUCUCUGUGGUUAUUAAAAAGACUCCGCCCUGUGAAAUGUAGCUUUCCUUGUUUGACUAGUUUGUGGGAAAACACUAGUUAGUGUGUAUUUGUGUGUAUGUGUGUGUGUGUCUGCUGUUUAGACCUGCCCUCGCCUCACCCUCUCGCUCUCUUCCUGUGAGUGAAGGUGACGGUGCUCAUUAUUUCCUCUGUUUAUUUGCAUUUCGUCCUCAGAAAAACAAACCGUCGCCCUCUCUGUGUGGAUAAAUAUGUGUCUGAAGGAAAAAGCAGCGUCUAAACACAGAAAUUAACUUUGUUUUCAGGAGAGAUUCAGGUCUACAGCUGACUCAGGAUCAGCUCUUUACUGCAGCAGGGUGUUAAUGCAGGCGGCUGCUGCCCUCUAGAGGUGAAAAGGCCAAAUACCAGCUGAGAUGGAUAGAAUUUGAAAGAGGCUGCAUACCUCGCUGUUGUUAGCUUAUCAGGUCAGCGUGUCGCUCUGUGUAAACAGCAGCUGACUCUUGUCUUUACAUACAUGCAGGUUGUUUCCUGUUGGGAUCAGCGCUCAUCUUUCAGCCUGUCAGUCCUCUUAAAGAUCCGAGAUUUAAAUAGUUUCUGCAACCAGAGAGGACAGAGUCACAUGUGUGUGUCUGUUAAUGUGUUUAUGUGUCAGCGGGCUUGUUGCUACACGUGUGGGAAUGUUUGGACAUGUGCAAGACACACUCUGUCAGCUUUGUGGUUCUGCCAGUAAAGACCUAAGACCGUCUUUCUGUGUCAUGAUUGUUUGACAAAGACGUUCACGAAACACUGAAACUAUAUCCUCUUCUUUUUUAGUGGUUUGUGCGACAACAUCAUCCAGGACAUCAUCUACAGCUUCGUGGUCUUACCGAACCGCAUCACCAUCCCUCUGGUCGGAGAGGCUCAGCUGGCCCAGCUUCGCUUCCCCAUCCCGAAGGUAAACCCCGGUUUGUCGGUUUGAAAUGAGAUCAGGAGUUUGGGAGUGUCAAAUGUUUCCUCCGUUUGGUUUGUUUGUUUCUCACACUCUUAAUUACUUCUUCAGGGUGUCCUGAGGAUCCACUUCAUCGAGGCCCAGGACCUGCUGGGUAAAGACAAGUUCCUUGGAGGGCUGAUUAAAGGAAAAUCAGACCCCUACGGGGUGAUCCAGAUCGGGACCCAGCUGUUCCAGAGCAAAGUCAUGCACGAGACCGUCCACCCCAAGUGGAACGAAGUCUACGAGGUGAGAAUCAUCCUGACUCAAAGUGCGCUAUCUGUGACCCCUGGUUCUGUUUUUAACUCGUUCCUUAGUCCAAACUAGAUCACCUUUCUGAGGGGUCACUUUAGAUGUGGUUUAAAACUUUGAACAAGUAGGACAAACUGUUCUCUGUGUUUCACCAACUAUCCAGGAAGUUCAAAAUCCACAGUCAAUUCAAAAGACACAGAAAAUGACAAAUGUUUUUGUUUUUGUUUGUCUUGUGGGAAAGUUCCUUUUUUUGUUAUUUCAAAGCAAAAAAUUGAUUAACAAAUGUGAAGUAUUUUUGAUUUAUUUUGAAGACAAUGAAAGUUUCUAUAAAGCAGCAAAUAUAGAAGAUGUCUGAGUUUUAAAGUUUUCUUUCUAAACAUAUUUUUGUUAGUUUAUCUCCACUCUGUCUACUCUGUUUGUGGAGGUUACAGUGGUGUGUUUGUGUAUUUUCAGGCUCUGGUGUACGAUCACUCAGCACAGAGUGUUGAGAUCGAGCUGCUUGAUGAAGACACCGAUAAAGACGACUUCCUGGGGAAGUAAGUUUUUCUACUGAAACAGCAAAUCUUCUACGUGUUUCCAGAACCUCAGAAAAUAUCCAACACCCUUAUUCCAUCCUGCUCAUUUACAAGUCUGAGGAUAGGACACCAGGUUUGAUUAAUUAUGAUUGUUUUUCAGUCUGAUGAUCGACCUGGCAGAGGUGGAGAAAGAAAGGAAGGUGGAUGAGGUAAGCCGAAUAUUAGCCCUGCUUUAAAAACAGACACGACUCUGUAGUGGAAAUCACCGCAUGGGCUCAGAAUCAUCCAAAAAAUCAUUGUCUGCAAACACAGUUGACUGCAGUUGAUAACAGCACCAUGCAAACUUAAACCUGAACCCAAAGACCAGUGACUGUUCGAUGGUCUUAUAAAUUAGUGUUCGUCCUUCCUCUUGGGUAUCUUGGACCAAACUUUCUCUCCUUAAAACCGACAUGGAUCGGACACAAGCAAUUAUCUUUGGUCAAAGUGUCUGAUAAUACCGUUAUUUCUCUGUCCUCAGUGGUUUGCUAUGGAAGAUGUGGCCACAGGGAAGCUGCACCUCAAACUGGAGUGGUUAUCUCUGCUGUCCUCGCCUGAGAAGCUCGAUGAGGUACAGAACCAGAACCAGAACCAGUCCUUUAAAGAGGUUCUUCUCUGCUUUUUUCCUCUAUUUUGUUAGUUGUAACUUUAUUUCUUGUCCUCACAGGCUCUGAUGACCAUCAAAGCUGAUCGUGGUCACGCCAAUGACGGCCUGGCGUCGGCACUGCUCGUCGUCUUCCUGGAUUCAGCGAGAAACCUGCCGGUAAGUCACUCUGCAAAAACUUUUUCUUUUACUGUUCGGUCCCUCGGUUGAAACUUUCUCUCCUUUUUUAAACUUUGUGAUUUUGUGCGAUUGAAAACAUUUUUACAAGUUCGACAUAUUCCUGGAUUUCCCAUCUAUCCGAUGUUCCAGGUAUUUUAAAAUACAAAUCAUCAUUUUAAGGGUCAUUUAUUCGUUUUUUUCUAGCUCUCUAGUUCUUUCUUUCUCUCUGGUUCUCACUGUCAAUCCUCCGACAUACAGAAUCUCAUUUUCUAGACUUUUCUGCUCUUUUUUCUGAUCAGAGGUAUAAUAAACCCAGAAUCAGACUCUAGAAAAUACAACCACAACUCUAGAUAUCAUUAUCAUUAUUGUAUUUUCAACAGAUUUCUACUUGCAGGACAACUUCACAUUAAAGUCAACAUUAUAUGUCAGUGUUCAAUGAAAACAUGAGCCGACUUAUGUAUCACAAUUCCGACUUAAUUGAAGGUUUUCACCGAAGUUAACGUCAAACAAAGUGAUCAGGACUUCUGCAGGAUUAUUCAUGUUGACGUUUCUGUCUUUUCAGCUGCUCUAAAACGCCAUAUUUAUGUAGAUGAACGUCCAAAUGUCCAGUUCUGCUGCUGGAGCACGGACUGCAGGACAGGAUGUGGCUCCACUCUGUUGGGGUUCGGUAGCUCUUAGAUGAAAAUCAACAUUUUUGCCACAUAGUCAACAGGCAGAAGUGAAAUGUAAUGGAUCUGGUUUUAUAUGAGGUGUGAUCAGGUGGUCCCUUUAAUAAGUUUUGACCAAUCAGAAUCAAGUUUUUCAAAUGUAAGUUAUACCAGGAUGAUGGACUGAACUGCUUCCACAGACAGUCGAUGGUCUUUCUCAUCGUAGACAGUAUUUUCCAGGGUAAGGAUACAGGAUUUGUCGGUGGUUACAGUUCAGACCUCACCUUCCUCUUUUCAGCCUGCUCUUCUUCUCUGCCUCUCCUCUCUCCCCUCCUCUUCCUCCCCCCUCUGAAGAGCGUCUUCGAGGGGAACUUGGGCUCUGGAUACUUAAAAGAGAGGCGGGCGGCGGGCCUCGUGUUUUGCGAGAACACGUCCUCUCUCUAUAGGACCUUAUUUGUGAGUGCGCUGGCUGUUUCUCUGCAUCCUAGAGUAAUCUGACCCAAACCCAGGUCUGAUCAGAGCUUACUCUCUUCGUUUUGCCUGUUUUUUUUUGGUUUGGAAGAAAACAAAGGUUUGAAUUGUGUGGCUAUUGAGCAUGAAUCUUACUACUGCAUGAGUUAAGCUCAUUAAUAUCAUGAUUUGUUAUGAUUUUCAUGUGUUGGCGUUCAGGUGAUUACAAAGUUCAGAAACGUGACAAGUAAAAAAAACAAUGACAGUCAAGGUUUUAGUUUGAAAAGAAUCAAAAGCAUCCUUCCUCCUCAAUCGUUUCUUCUUUUUCAGGAUCUGAGAUUUUUGCAGGAUCUUGUGUUUUAACCUCAGAUUUACUGUGUUUAAAAGUGAAGAAAAUAGUCCGUCUGUCUCAUUUUGAGGAGGAAGGACUGCGUUUUGAUCAUUCAGAGACGCUUCAGAUCAAACAGAGUGAAUUCUCUGGAUUGCUUUCCCUCCAUUUUUACUUUUUUAAACCCUCAUCAUGUGUGUGAGCAGGUUUUCCCAACCUGCCUCCUCUGUGGUGUUUCAUACCAACCCAGCCAGCAGGGGGCAGCACAUGGUUACCCCUCUAAGAAACACUGAAGAUGACUUUGAUGUUGUUCGCAGUUUUUCUCCCAUCAUGGAAUUUUGUUCUAAUUUUUACUGAAAACUGUUUUUGUUUAUUGAUGACAGUCUAACUUUAUACCUGAGAAUCAGUCGAUCUUUGAGUAACUAUUUAUUUAGUUUGCUGUAAUAUAUGAGCUAAAAUUUUCUGACAUUGGCUAACUAAGAAAUUGGCUAACUUAGAAAAUUAAAAUCAUCCAAGACGUGGAUGAUUUUAAUUUUCUAAGUUAGUAGCUACGUUACUUAGACUUGGCACACAGCCACGAAAAUUUCGUACACAUUUUGCAUCAAUCAUUUUGUUCUGGACCACGACCAAUGUUGAACUUUUGCUACCUGUGGAACAAAGUGUAAAACUAUGUUAAAUCCAAGCAAAAAAACCUCUACUGUAAAAAAAACGGAGCCAAUGAAGAAGUGCUGAAAAUGCUGUUCCCCAAGUGUCCACUAGAGGCUAGCUCCUAAAGCAAGUUGAUCCCUUAGACUUGUGUAAAAACAUAGAUGUAGUCACGGCAACGCACACCAUUUGAGUCUGAGGUGAAGUAUUAGCGCUGCUUUCAAAUUACCUCGGAAGUCAGAUGUCGGAGCUGAAAAUGACGUCACACCCAAGUUACCAGCGUUUUAGUUACCAAGUCGGAAAAAAGCAAAAUCGGAAGUGGAAACAAGAUGGCUACAUCUAUGAAAGUUAUUUUAGCACUUGCCUUGUCCGAACAUAAGUCAAGCGCUACAGUAACUUUUGUAGACGUAGCCAUUAGGCCUGGACGAUAUAGAAAAAAAGCAUAUCGAUAAAAAAUAAAUCAUAUUGAUCGAUAUCGAUAAUUAUUGAUAUAAUUAUUAUAAUUAUUUAACAUAUGUUUUAAUUGCAGCCCUGGAUGUUAUAUGCUAUUGCUUAAUGACCUACUUUUAAUAAAGAACACAGAAGCACUGAAUUCAAAUUCAAACCUUUAUUCAACCACCUUUUUUAUUUUACCACAACUGAAAGUUUUUUAAAAAAGAACUAAAAAAAAAAAAGAAAUCAACUUAAGGGGCCUGAGUGAUGUCAGUAAAUACUGACAAACAUAAAGACUAAAGUGACCAGAAAAUCUGAUAAAUAAAUAUUUAAAUAGUCUUUUGAUGAAAAUAAACAAAACAAACAAAUAUAUAAAUAAACAGAAUAGCUUUAGGUGGGAAUAACAUACUACCAGUUUUAACUGUGUGAGAAACUGCCCACAGCCUGGUGUCUGAACACUGAAAUAUUUCUCCCGGGGUCGGGAGAUUUAUUUUUUUUAAUUAUCAUGUGAUUGACUUGAUACGCAAACUGAGCACGAGAAGCAGGACUUAUCCACGCCGGUGUUGUGUCGUAGAAUGCACCCCUGCCGAAUGCACCCCCUGCUAGUAGCCAUGAUCCAAAUACUCGCGUCUUUGUAAAAUAUGAGCUCAUUUUCUUCCACUUUAAGAAGCUAAUGAGUGGACGGGAUGCAGGGGUGCAUUCUUCUCACCUUUUCAACCCCUGACCCAUUUUCAUGUCUGAAGCGCUGUGUUUGAGAAAUACUUGCGGCCGGGCACUUCAUAUCGCGGGUCGAGAGUGGCUAGAAGCUGGUCGAAGCCAGGCUUUUCAACGGCAGUUAUUGGCAGUAUGUCCCUCGCUAUGGAGCAUGUUACUGCAUGGGUGAUGUCCUUAUGCCGCUCGGACGCUUUGUCGUAUUUUGGCAAGAAACGAAGUCCAGUUUGGUCUGCUUCACUUGCUUUGUGCUGGUGCUGGCAGCGGUUCCAGAGGAUUCCUCCGACGACGACGUGGAGCCGCGGCGCGGCCGACACAGCUCGUACUCCUGCGGGUGCGACCGGUUUAGAUGGUAAAACAAGUUGGUUGUGUUACCAGACUUGGUUUUUACUAAUUCUCUGCAAAUUUUGCAAACGACCGCUGUUCGCUUUUUGUCAGACUUCUAAAAACCAAAAUACUGCCAUGCUGGUGAACUACUGACAAUGUCCUCCGCUUCUCCUUGCUUUAUCAUUUUUUCUAAUACACGUGCUGUCUGUUGUGGUUUGAUAGGGGCUGGGCUUGGUGCCGUAGCGUAACUGGGUCUGCGUUUGUGAUUGGUUGGGAGGAAGUAAUGACUGUAGCAAAAGCUACAUGAUAGGCUAUGAUGAAAAAGAAAGGGAAACUGUGUUUUUCUAUCGAACUUUUUAUCGACCCGUUUUUUUUCUAUCGCAGCACACGUCUAUCGAUCGAUAUAUAUUGUUAUCGAAUUAUCGUCCAGCACUAGUAGCCAUCUUGUUUUGCUUUUUUUCCGACUUGGUAACUGAAAUGCUGGUAACUCAGGUGUGACGUCAUUUUCAUCUCCGACAUCUGACUUCCAAGGAAACUCGAACGCAGCGAAAUGGCCAAUUAGUCGCCUCAUUAGAAAUGCUGACGAGUCCACUAAGAGGCGGAGUUAAGGCGGACUUUUAGCCUCCUCGCUAAUAGCAGCUAAUUUUUUACAAACCGUCCAUGUUUGUUGGCACACAGGCUGAUACUUUUAAGAUCGGCAUGAUUUAGAGCAUCAUUGUGCUGACUUGAAGGAUAGGACUGUAGUUAUCGUUACUGACGUUAUUUCAUGUUUUAUUCAGUUUGGUUGAAGCUCCAUUUUCAUGAGUUUUAAAUAAAGUUAAUUUGAAUAAAGAUCAAUGGGUUUCAUCCCAUUAUUCUCAUAUAUAAAUGUCCCCAACUGUCACCACACCAUCAGACCUUCAUUGAAUGACUCCUGCUACUGAUCAUUUGCUCUUUUUCUAUUUUCACCAUUGACUUCCAUCCUAAUCAAAGCUGUUGUGAAGAGAGUCCAACCAAUACAAGCUAACUGGGCUUGGAGAAUGGCAGAUAUCGGUGCAAACGUUGGUAGAAAUCCAACACAAACAGUAUUUUUUACAUUUUUUUAAUCUUAAAAGGAUAAUAAUCUGAUUUUUUGGAUGUGCUGCUAUCUGCCAGUGUUGUUUGGACUCUAGUUUUGUCCUCAUGUCCAGGUUGAAUUGGGGAACGUCAUUAACCAUGUGAUCAUCUCUCUGUCUUCCCAUUAUGUCCCAUUGUCUGGUGAUGCCGGCGGUGCUGGUGUGUUUUGUCCUCCACCUCCUCCUCUUCCUCCUCUUCCUCCCUGCAUGCCCCUCUUUUCCCCUAAUAACCUGCUGGUGUGUGUGUCUUUGUUUGUGUGUCUGUGUGUGGUUUGCUCUCUCCUGCCUUGUCCCCGGGAAAAUCAAAGCGCAAUCCUUUAGAGUUCAACACGGCGGGGCUGAAGAAGGCCUCGCUCAGUAAGGCCAUCAAGGUAACGACACGGUGACGAAGCACACAAACGCUUAGCGCUCUGACACCGAGGAGAGAUAUUUUCAGAGCGAGGACACGUUAAAGACUCAUAACUACGAAAUAUUGAUGAUUUAAUGUUAAGUCAGUCAAAGUGAUGCUACCAUCGAUGUUCUUGUUCCUUUUAUAGUGUAAUUAUUGUCUAAACUAUUGAUGAUUAUAACCCUCAGAAACAGAUCUAACUCAAGACAUUUAAAGCCCUCAGGAGGAAAUAUCCACCAGGGGGCGCUGAUGUAGAGUUCAUAUCGGCUUUGUGGCCAGUUUCAGUCACCAGAACUUAACUUCCUUCCUGACUGUUGUUGUGAAAUCAUUAACAAACUCCACUAAUCAUGUUUGUGUCUAAAUCUGUGUCUAACAAUGUGUGUUGUAAAUAACAACAUUGUUGUACACUCACACUCAGUCUUUUGAUUCUGGAUCCUUGAAUUGAUCUUUUCUGUUCAUCUGAUCUGGUGGGACUUUCAGACUUCCUGGUUUGGGGUCUUAUAGUUUGAACCUGAUGAGUUUUACUGCUGAAGUCUGUAGUUUUAACAGAUCAUCACAUUUGGCCUCUGAGGACUUAAAUGUGAUGAAGUAGUUUGGUACCAAUAAAAAUGUAAAAAAAAUUAUGUCCUUAACUGACUUUAUUAGAGCAGUAAAGUGAAUUUUGAUCAUGUUUACAUUCUACCAUAUUGUUAAAACCACGUUUUAACACACGCAUAAGUGUGGUCCAUAUAUAGUAGUUUUUAGUUACUAAUUGCAUGUAUAGCUUUGUAGAUAACUGUAAAAAAAAAAGAUGCUUAUAGUCGAUGUUGACCAACAUUAAAACCUAAUAUUGUAUAUGUUUGGAGGUGGAUAAGGGCCACCAUUAAAGAAUUUUCCAUUUUUAAGGUCUGAAAUUUUUAAAAGUUCAGUUUUUCCCCUCAAAAUUCAUAGUUUGACUUUUACAUUUUACCUGAAUGUUAGAAUUCAGACUGAAAUCACAGCUCUACAAAUAUGUCGCAUUUCUGAGGAGUUGGGUCCCAAAAACAUAAGCAAUCCACGGAAAAAGUCACAAUUAUCAGAAAAAAAUGAAACUGAGAAAAAAAAUUGGAAUUCUGAAAAACAAACAAACAAAAAAAUCUGAGGAAAAAGAUAGAAUUUUGAGGAAAAGUUGUAAAUCUUUGAGAAAAUUCUUUAAAUAAUUGUAGGACAACCAAGAAAAACAUUAAAAUUGUAAAAAAAAAAAAAAAAAAGUUAAAAUUCAGAGAAAAAUAUCAAAAUUGGGGGAAAAUGUAAAAAUUAAUCAGGAAAAAUGUUUAAAUUCUGAGUAAAAAAAAAUGAUAUUCAGAGUAAAACAGAAACCUGGGAAGAAAGAAAGAAUUUUCAAAAACUGUUUAAAAUAUUGAGAAAAAAAAAAUCAGACUUUUGAGUAAGACAAAGGAAAUCUAAAAAUCAACUCAGAGACUCAGAAUUAACUUUUAUAUCUUCAAAGAAAAGGUCCUUUUCACAGAGACACCACCAUGUUUCUACUGUAGCCCAGAAUGGACAAACUAGUGAAAUACGCCUUUUUGUAUUUAGUGAGCAGCUGUGUGAAAAGAACCAGCAGUAAGGUGAAGAAAAAGAGAGAGGGUGCUGUCAAACAUUUACUGUUGACACAAGGUUUUGGUGGUAAAAACUCAACUUAUAUUUAUGAUUGCAUAACUGGAGCUUUUUGUUAACGUUACUUUCCUCUUUAAUGUGGCCCUUCCACUCUGACAGACCAUGUUACUAUCAUUGCAUCUUUUUUUAAAGUGCAUUAAUUAGACACUGGAGUUAGAAUCAACAGUUAAAAUGUCGAUCGUGUGUCUUUUAUUAAUUUGAAAAUACUGAUCUCUGACUGAAAUGAAAUCGUGUCGCGUCUCCUAGCGUAGUUUGCUCAGUACGAGUUUGCUAUCUCUCGUUCUUGAUUGAAAAACAUUUUUUCUUUUUCUGCAGUCCGGUAAAAAAGUCACCAGUGAUCCCAGUCCGUUGGUCCAGUUCACAGUGGGACACAAGUCCUAUGAGAGCAAGGUGAGACCCAAAACCCACGAUGAGGAAAGUUCCCAUUUAGGAUAGUCCUUCGGCAUCCUGUACAUCCUCUGAUCUUAAAAACACGAGCACAAUGAUGAAGAAAUUGAUCGAUCUCGCCUUUUUUCCCCUGUUUUCAGACUCGAUAUAAGACCAAUGAGCCGGUGUGGGAGGAGGCCUUCACCUUCUUCAUCCACAAUCCCAAAACUCAGGAGCUGGAGGUGGAGGUACAGACGCCUCAUCAGCGGGUUUCCUGAGCGGACCAAUCUGUGAAGUUUGUGUUUUUAUCCCGAUGUGUACGCUGAUGUUGUCGGACUCUUCCAGGUGAAGGACGAGAAACACGAGUGUUCGUUGGGGACGUUAACGGUGCCCCUGACUCGCCUGCUGGAGGCUGAGGAGAUGACCCUGAACCAGCGCUUCCCCCUCAAAAACUCCGGGCCGAGCUGCACCCUCAAGAUGAAGAUGGCUCUGCGGGUAAAACGACGCGCCACUGAUGGUUUUCUCCAAAUAAUACAUAAAAUAUAAGCCUUUUAUUCCUCUUUCGUAUAAUUCAUAAACAGAGCAGAAUAAAGCCGCAAGAGAGAGACGGCAUCAAAGUCCCAUAUGGUGGAGUCAUAAAUAUGAAACAGGGUUUCCACCAGGAAAGAGCUGAUGUAUUAUGUAUAAUGCAGAUUUCAAAGGGCCCGACGUAAAGCCAGUGGAGCUGCAAACAGUGUUGCUCAGUAAUAUUAGUUUACGAUCUGCCGAGUUUUUAACCUUCUCCAAAACUAGAAUCUUCUCUGGGCCUGAGUCUGUUCAAGGUUAGGGUUAGGGUUAUGGUCCUCUGGUUUGACAAAAUUUGACCUUUUUUGAAAUCAUGACCUUCUAAGUUUGAACAAAACCAAUCUCCUGAUCUGUCCGUGUGUAUCAUUUCAGGUUUUGUGUCUGGAUAAAAAUGCAUCUGUACCUUCAGACUCCACCCCGUCAUCUGUGCAAGUCCGUAAAGGAAGCUCCUCCAACGCUGCCUCUCGACCCUCCGUUUCCUCUGACUCCCAGAAGCCUCCCUCCUCCACCUCCGAUAUCCCCCGCUCCGCCUCAGUGUCGGCUCAAGAUGUGCUGCACAGGCAAAAGGACGCCAGUGACCCCUAUAGAUCGCCAGGAAGCACAGACUUUGGACAGGGGGCAGGAGGAGGUCAGAGCCUGGCAGAUAACGGGAGGAGCACCUCCAACCUGGCCAUCUCGGGUUCUCAGCAGUACCUGGCAGGAGGGAAAGAACCGACGCCCAGCAUCGCAUCGGACAUCUCCAACCCCUACGCUGCCCAGGAGCUGCAGCUGAGACUGCAGCAGCUGCAGAAGUAUUUAUCACUCAAUCAGAUAUCGGCUGACUUCUGUAAACUUCAGUGCACCUUUAGUUAACCUCCUCCCUCUGUCUCUGUCCCUCUAUAGCGGCUCAGGCCCCAGUCACUACCCACUGGGUGAGAUUCAGCUGACGGUCCGACACAGCUCCCAGAGGAACAAGCUCAUUGUGGUCGUUCACGCCUGCAGGUACAGACCAGUCCGAAAAAAAGUCUGAAACUGGAACUGAAAUGUUUUCUUCAGCCUUUGUUAUCUCCUGGUGAGAGUUCGACUUCUUUUUUUCUUCUAAAAGAUAAUAUCCGUUUUCCUCUCCAGGAACCUGAUAGCGUUCACAGACCACGGCUCAGAUCCUUACGUCCGCCUCUAUCUUCUCCCUGACAAGCGGAGGUCAGGCCGAAGGAAAACUCACACAUUCAAGAAAACGCUCAACCCAAUCUACGAUCAGACGUGAGUGCACCCCUGGACUGUUUUAAAACAAACCAACAGAAUGCUGAUCAGAGUUUCAACGUAGCAUGUUCUCUGUGUGUGGUCAGGUUUGAGUUCACCGUCUCCCUCGUGGAGCUCCACAGACGAACUCUGGAUGUCGCAGUGAAGAACGGCGGGGGGCUGCUCUCCAAACACAAAGGCCUUCUGGGAAAGGUAAGAACAAGCACAGCUAAAGAUCGCUAUUUGGUGUUUGUUUGGUCUGUAAGCACAGAUAAGAAAUUUAUUUACAAUAACAUUUAGCUAUGAUUUUUUUUAUUAUCAUUUUUAUUGUUAAAACAAAAAAUUGUGCGUCUUCAUUUAUACUUAUUUGGAUGAGUAAUCUAAAUACUCUCAUAAUUAGCUCAUAUCCACCAUACAAGGUCACCCCAAAACUGCCCGGUGUGCACCACAAAAAUCUCCCGGAUUUUAUAACCCAAAUGUUGACAGGUAUUCUCUAGUGUUGAUGAAAACCAUCAGUCAGAGGAUUUCAGGUACUGUCUCUUUAAGGCCCCCCUUCCUCCGAGCCCACUCUCUUCUGAUUGGCCAGCUCAGACCAUCCCAGGAGAGAACCUGUAGUUGCAGCAAUUUAAACAUCAAGGAGAAUUCCGUGGCUUUGUGACAUCACAGGAUUCCAUAAAAACAUUGAUCAGCUGGAGGUCGGCUCAGACUGAGCUGUUAUUGUGGUGAACUUGUCUGACCUCACCCCCAGUUUCCACCGCAUCCAGAACGGCUACGAAAAGGCCGUAUCCGCCGAUUGUAGCUGAUCGUAACCAUUCAAGUUUAUACAUCAGUUCCGGGCACAGACACAAAAUAAAGCAACCGGCUUCUUUUCAAAAUAAAACAGACGGAUCGUAUUUCACACCAUGCAAACAGGCGGAGACAAACGAAAGGAUUUUAGAUGUCAUUUCUAAAAACCUCAUUUCUUAAAAUUGCAGCUGUUCCGUAUGUGUUGGCAAUUGGGGGUCAGCCUUACUCAGAUCUACUGAUCUGAAACUAGGCCCACAUUCAGGUGGUCAGAAUCAGAAAUGCUGUCUCUGCCAACAAUAACCGCACUCAGCAGACCACUUUGGCCUCAUUGACCUGCAGAGACUCUGAUCCUGUGUUUAGCUGUAUUACACCAUUUAUACCUAAAUUUGAUGGUUUUCUGGGUGUUUUCUUAUCUUUAGACCAGUCAGGCAAAAUUUUAAUUUCAGCUCAAACAACAAGGAAAUGAUGAAAUCCUUUGUUUCAUAACACAAAGACCAACUGUGGAGGAAAAAGGUUAAAAAAAAACAAUAGAAACUCUCUUGUCGAGCCAAAAGCCAAAGAAUAAAUCAAAUUAACUGGUGUGGAGACAAUAGACAAAUGUUAUUUCAUGGAUUUGGUCCAUUAAGAUGAUGUCAGAAUCUCAGUAACUGAGACAGGAUUUGUUGUCUAUUCUCAUCAGGUCCUGGUGGACUUGACCCACGAUGAGAUCACCAAGGGUUGGACACAGUGGUAAGUGUUUGGUCAUCCUCCUCUCCUUCCUAUUGAUUUACACUUUUGAUUUGUGCUGUUAGAAUUGAUGGUUAAAGCUCUGAAAGGGGGGUCGUAUUUUAUAACCUGAGACGUUUGCUUGCCCUGAGGUUAGAGUAACGCCGCUUUUGAAAUGAGUCUGAAGAAAACCUCAUUUGUCCUCCUGCAGGUAUGAGCUGAGUGAAGACGGCCAGGCGAAGGCUCACCAACUAUAG